AUGUCCGCUGAAGCAAUACGAUGUGAACCUGAGCACGCGGAGAUCGCCUCGCUGCCCAGCCUCCGAGGACUGCCGGAGAGGGUGGCCCAGAGGAAGUUCGAGCUCGUGAAGCGCGGAGUUAAACUGAAAGAUGAGCUUCAGCUCUUCCCCGAGCAACGCACCCACCGUGAUGCUCUCUGCACGGUGACAUUUGUGGGUAGCUUGCUGCUUUUUCUUGCUUUGGGCAUCUCGUCCAGAGCACAGCCUGGCUCGGCGAGCGCUUUGCUCCCGGCUCCUCCAUUUGGGCUCAGGCAAGAAGGGCCAACUGGCUUGUACAUAGAUGCCGCACGGCGGCUAACUAGUCAAGAAGACCGUGUGAGCUGGAACGUUCUUCUUUCGGUAGUCACUGUCAGCUCCGCUGUCGGCUUCCUGUGCGCACUGGUGGUCUUGCAGCUACUACAAUCUGGCGGAGAGCAAGUACUUUUUCAGUGCACUAUGCUCUUGCCGGUGCUGAGGCUGAUAACAGGCCUUUUUUGUUUGUGUUACCCCUGGAACAACUUCACCCCUCAGACAUACUACCGUGGAAUGGACGAUGACGCUAUCCGAUACCUGGCUUGCGGUGUCUAUACCUUGGCCGGGGCGUCGUUGACGAUCUGUUCUCUUUGCAACUGCUGUAUCUCCAUGCACGUGCGGCAUCUUGCCCGCCCUUGGCUUUCUCUUCAAGCAAGUUUGAUGAAAUGCGUUAGCAUGGUCGUACUCGCCAAUCCUGGCAUGCUCCUGGUACCCCUCGGAUUUGCGGUGCUGCUCUACUUCUGCAUUGUAGGCUGCAUCUCCGCUUUCUCGUCCAUCCUUGAUGCUGCAACUGUCUCGAGCUGGUGGCCGGAAAUUGCAAUCAUCCCGACCAUUCUGCUCAUCGGCUGGGGCGGAGGUGUCGCCUCGUACACUUCCAUCCUGGCCUUCUGCGGGGUUUACAGCCGAUGGUAUCACUCGCGCCCUGAACCACCAGUCUUUGCGAGCCUGAGGAGUGCCGUCGCCUUUGGCUUGGGAACAGCAUGUCUGGCCUCGUUCCUGCGACCAACGUUUCGUACGAUCGAACUUUUGAGCAGGAUUAUCCAGCCGUCAGGCCCUGACUGCAAAGCAAAUCCCGUGAGAGCUUGCAUGACAUGCACCUGCGCCUGCGUGCUGGAGUUUGCAUUCAGUUUGGUUGGCGACGUUUCUCGAUUCUUCGAUACCUGGGCAUUCACGCAGUGUGCCAUCCGCAACGGUUCCUUCUUCCAGUCGUCGUAUAUAACGUUUGCUCUCUGCACAUGCUCCAACGUGACCCUCCUUACAAGAAACCUCGUCCUGGAUUAUGUCACAGGUUCUGGCACCCAAGCGGGCGGCUUGCUGGGCUUGCUCGUUGGUGCAGUUGCGCACUAUUUAGGCAAGUUUCCGUGGCUUUACUGGGCACCAGCAACCGGCUGCAUCUGCGCGACGAUCAUGACCAGCAUUGUGCUGAGUGUGGCGAAGACGGGUUUCAAGUCCAUCCUGGCGCUGUGGGCGGAGAGUUGCCAACUGCAGCAGCUGUCCCCAGAGACUCAUGCUGCCAUUGUAUCCUGUAUCAAGAAGAGACUGGAGGAGGAGGGCCAACGCCACCGCACGGUCUCAGAGAUGUCGCAGCUGAGCCGAUAA